UUUGUUUUGUUUUUAUUUUGUUUUUGUUUUGUUUUUAUUUUGUUUUUGUUUUUGUUUUUACAAGUUUAAAGAUAACAUAUGUUAUCGUACGCCAGGGAGAGUUGGGACCCUUAACGUACGCCCCCCCGCAGCCCCCGAAGUGGUAAAAAGGUGCAGUAUUGCAGUAGAAAAAGAGAGAGAACGAGAAAGAAAAGAAAAGAGAGAUAAGACUGAAAAUUACAGAGGAGAAGAGGCCCCCCCCCCCAACCACAGAAACAAAAUCUUUGGGUUAGUUUGCUCGUACUGGCCAACCAAGAUUUCCCAUUGAUUAGACUUGAGAGAGAGGGCAAAGCAACCCAAGCUAUAAGGAAGAAAGAGGAAAAGCUAGAAGCUGCUCAAACUCAGAAAGCUUAUCAGAGAAGAACACAAGGGAUGCACUUUGUGGGUAUCCAAUAAUAUACAUAUAUAUAUAUUUGUAUUUUAAUGUUGUGAGCACAAAUAUGUGAAUCGUUGGGUAUUUUGGGACGUGGGUUUUGAAGAUUGUUGAGGUUGGAUUUGGUUUUUGAACUAGGGGGUUAGGGUUGUUGGAUUCUAAAUGGGGUUUGUUGGAUCUAAUAUUUCUGGGUUUUUAGCUUUUAGGGUUUUCAAGUAAUAAAAAGGAGAUAGAGUUUAGGUGGUUUUGUGAAAAGGGAUAAGGUUUUUUUUUUUGGAUUCUAUCUGUUGGGUUUUGGAGAUUGUUUUUAUAUAUUGCUUAUAGGAGAGAUCUUUCAGUCUGUUCCUGCAAGCAAACAAAGAAGAAGGCGAGAGAGAGAGAGAGAGAGAGAGAGGUGGGUUUUAAAGAGAUCUUUACCUUCCUUAAUUAGCUAGACAGGUGGUUCAACCGUGGUUGUCGUUAUGCAUCCAAAAACAGAAAGAGUGUAAAAGCAAGAGCUUAGAUUUGGAUUUUUUUCCAUUCUUGCUCGGAUUUGGAUUUUGGUUUCUAGGUUUUUUUUAUUAUAUAUUUUCCCAAGAUUUAAUUAGAAGGAUGGCGAAUCGAUGGUGGGCCGGAAAUGUUUCCAUGGGCGGAGGAGGUCAUGUGGAUUCAAUCUCCUCGACUCCGCCGUCUCUCCACCUCAGAAACACCGAGGAACAACUCGACGACCAAGACAACACUACUCCCACCAACAGCAGCACCAGCCCACACAAGCAGAACAACAAACACCACGAAGAUGGUCGGGACAACAAUGACCUGGAAGGCGACGAUCAGGGCCCUAACACCGGCAGCGGCAGCCAUGACAGCCUCGAGCCAGGAAGUAGCAACCGGAGGCCGCGUGGCCGCCCCCCUGGUUCCAAAAACAAGCCCAAACCGCCCGUUGUCAUCACUAAAGAGAGCCCCAACGCUCUCCGAAGCCACGUCUUGGAAAUCAGCAGCGGCAGCGACAUUGUAGACAGCAUUGCCACCUUUUCUCAAAGACGGCAUAGAGGCGUCUCUGUCCUCAGCGGCAGCGGAAUUGUCGCUAAUGUAACUCUUCGGCAACCAGCAGCGCCAACUGGAGUGAUUACAUUGCACGGAAGGUUUGAGAUUCUAUCGUUGUCAGGGGCGUUCCUACCUGCCCCGUCACCGCCCGGCGCGACAGGACUGACCGUGUACUUGGCAGGCGGCCAGGGGCAGGUGGUGGGAGGCACCGUGAUGGGAGCGUUGGUGGCUUCAGGUCCGGUGAUGGUUAUUGCAGCUACGUUCACAAAUGCAACAUAUGAGAGGCUGCCACUCGAGGAAGAGCAAGGUGGAGAAGGAGGAAUGCAGAUACAGCAGCAAUCAGGUGUGAAUUCGGCAGGGACAGGAGCGAAUUCGGGAUCUCGAGGUGUGGGUGAGGAUCCUAGUGCAAUGGCUGCUUACAAUCUACCUCCGAAUUUACUUGCGAAUGGCGGUCAGAUCCCUCAUGAUGUUUUCUGGGGUCCUCCCCCUCCGAGACCUCCUCCAUCUUACUGAGACAACAAAGAUUUAGAGAGAGAGAAAGAAAAAGAGAGAGAGAGAUACUUGGUUUGAUCACUGACUUGUUGUAUUUUGGUUUUGUGCAAAAAUAUGUUUUGGCAGCUUUUGUAGGCACAGCAAGCAAAGGUAUAUCUUUUGCUUGUUAAAUCUCAAAUCUCUGUAGUUUUGUUGUUAGGUUUUAUUUAUUUUUUCUUUAUCAGUAGCUAUGUUUCGAAACCGGUGGAUCAUAUGGAUAUUUUGUUCGUUCUUUCGUUUAAUUUUCUGUGGAAGAAUAUGUUGAUGAUGGUGUAGGGGAAAAGAAGAAGAAAUAGUCAAGAAGAUGGAGGGGUUUGGAGCUAUUGAAAUUUCCAUUGCAAAUUGUUUGUGAAAAUUCUUCGUUAUUGGUAAGCUUUCCCAAGAGUC